GUGACCAGCCCCUGUUUCUUGCAACCCGAACUGCUGCGCCAGUUUCCGGAUUCGUUCUGGUGUUUGUUUGUGUGUGUGUGUGCAGCGGCAGCACACGCACAGACGCACACACCAUCACAUUCCCCAUUCCCACACCACACCACCUCAUCCAUCCACCUUCCCCUGUCUGUCCAGAUGCAAGCGACGUGCACCUGCCUGCGACGGCGGGUGGCGUCGGCUCUGGCUGCAUGGCACCAUCAACGCGUGCCCGCGCGCUCUUUGCACCGCAUCGCUACACCAGCACCAGCGGUGAACGCAGCAAUUGCGCGUCGCGUUGCUCCUGCAUCAGCUCCUACAUCAACAACACAAGCAAUACGACGAGCGCCACAAGGGCUGACGCCGCGGCCGCACGUGUGCUGCGGGAUGGGGUUUGGCUUGCUGAGUGCACAGCCGACCGUGUUUGAUGGGCCCAGUUCGUUAUCACAGCCGCCAUCACAGCCUCCACCACCGGCCACAGCCACAGCAGCUGCAGCAACGCCCCAGCACAGAGCCACGCCCGUAGUACCCAGCCCACUGCGCUGGCGCGUGUGCAAGGUGCGGUCGACGGAUGGGCACACAGACGUGGUGACACAGGCAGCCAAUCUGGCGCACGACGCUGCGCCCUUCCUCCACAGCACCCGAACCAACACACUCACGACCACCCAAAGCACAUUGCUACGAAGGAGACCGGGCCUUCUGAACCACCAACAGCAGCAGCAGUCGUUCCAGACGCGCAUCCAGCGGCGCUCACUGCACGUUGCCCGGCGUCAUCUUGGUGCGCGCACACACUACGAUGUCCUCGGCGUCAGCAACACCGCAUCACAAGCCGACAUCAAGAAGGCGUACAUUGAGCUGUCCAAGCUGUUGCAUCCGGACAAGACGGCGCACAAGGAAGGCCUUGACCGGGAGCGGUGCGAGCAGCAGUACCAGCAGGUGACGGAGGCGUACAACGUCCUCUCCCGGCCGUUUGACCGCCGUGCUUACGACAACACCCUCAGCAACAACUACGGCAUGUCUGCGGCAAGCGCUGCGAGCACGACGUACAGACCGCCUUCAUAUCAGCACCGCGACAUCUACGACAACGUUCACUUUGGGCCGUCCCCGUACAAGGUGUUCAGCAACACGACGAUUGUGAUGAUCGCCAUCGUGUGGAUGAUUGUCGGUAUCAUCUGGCACUACUUUGCAAUCUCAAAGACCAAGACGGAGCUUGAGGAGCACCUUGAGCGGCUGUCCCGGGAGGCGGCCCAGGACCACGAAGAGGCCCGCAAGCGAGCACGCGAAAACGGAUACAAGAAGCAGCUCGAGAUUCUCGUCGCGCAGCACAGGGCCCAGUUUGACGACAAGUACUGAGCGCUGCGUGUGUGUGUUCAUGUGUGUGUGUGUGUGUGUGUGUGUGUGUGUGUGCAUGUGUGUGGUUAUUUGUGUGUGUGUGUGUGUGUGUGUGUGUGUGUGUGUGUGUGUGUGUGUGUGUGUGUGUGUGUGUGUGUUUUUCCUUCCACGUUUGCCAUACCCUUUCUCCUAUUUCUAUGCCACCCCUGCCCAAUCCACCUCAACCGUAUCACCGCUUGUGAUUGUGCUGGGCGCCAUCGCAGUGUAUUGGCCCGUGCACGCGCGUGCGAGCGUAAUAACAGUGCUUGGGAUCACG